AUGCAAAUAGUUUCUGGUAGUUUAACACAAGUUCCAGUGAUCCAUAAUGUUUCUAUGCAUGUUUCACAUUUUAAUUCGACAACAAUUAUCAAUAGCACUUGUGAUCAAUGUAUUUGUCUGAUGCUGAUGAAUGUAACACCGAUUUCUUCUUUUAAUUAUUUUCGAAAUAAUAAAACAUGUGAAAUAUUCUCCGAAUCUGUUGUAACAAGUCAGUUGUCGUUAGUGAGUAAUUCGAAUAGUUCAGUUUACUUUAUUUCAUUACCAAUUGAUGAUAUACAAUUGACUACUUCUGUCAUUCAAGAAACUACUAGUAGUUUUACAGGUCUAUGGUAUAAUCGACCUAUGUUUCGUCCAUGUGCAUCGUGGAAUCUUAACGCCACUACCUUUGCAAAUAAGAGCAUAUUUGGCUCCAAUAGUCAUGGGCUCUUUAUCGACACAUAUAAUACUAUCUAUGCAGGUAGCUGGUCCUACGGUCUUGUUAAAGUAUGGACUAAUGGCAGUUCAACUGUCACAAAAACUAUUCAAAAUGGUUUGUCUUGUCCAAUGAAUUUUUUUGUUGCAAUGAAUGGUGACAUUUAUAUUGACAAUGGCUGGAAAAAUCAUCAAGUCGAUAAGUGGACCUCAAAUGCUACGAUCGGAACACGAUUUAUGAAUGUCAGUCAUCCAUGUUAUGGUCUCUUUAUUGACACCAAUAACACAUUAUACUGUUCAUUAGCUGACUUAAACAAAGUAUUGAAAGUUGAUCUCACCAGUGGUUCAAGCACACCAGUGACGAUCGCUGGAAAUGGUUCAAGUGGAUCGACAUCAUCGUUGCUCAAUUAUCCCUGGGGAAUCUAUGUUGAUACAGACUUCACUUUGUAUGUACCAGAUUCUCGAAACAACCGAAUUCAACGAUUUGGGUUCGGUGAAUUGAAUGGUAGAACGGUAGCAGAGGCUAUGGCAUCAGGAAUCAUUACACUCAAUAAUCCAACUGGUAUUGUGCUUGAUGGAAACGGAUACCUAUUCAUUAUGGAUACUGGCCAUAAUCGUAUUGUUGCAUCGAGUUCCGCUGGAUUUCGAUGUAUCGCUGGAUGUUCAGGUCAUAACGGAUCAACAGCAGACACACUACACAGUGCUCGUUAUAUGGCAUUCGAUACUUAUGUUAUAACCACAGUUCAAAGUCAUAUGACUGAUAUUUUAUAA